AUAGGUCGGUCAAAUUAUUAGGCGAUAUAUUGGAAGCGAACAUGGCUGCGCCCACAGCACCGAGAGGAUCAUCAGCCUCCAGCCCGCCCGGGUUUGAAGGUUUCCCGUUUGCGGUGGCCGGUAAACCAGCGGAGGAAAGCUCCGGUAAAGAGCAGGAGCAGGUCGGGGACGUGAAGAAGAAGCCGUGCAGAGCGUGUACGGACUUUAAAUCCUGGAUGAAGGUGCAGAAGAAACAGACGACAGCUGCUGUACAGGAGACCCAAGCUGCAGAGCCAGAGCCACAACAAGACCCACAGUGCCCGCUGGACCGGCAAGAGCUGGGGCGUAACACCUGGUCCUUCCUGCACACUAUGGCGGCGUAUUACCCCGAUCGUCCAUCUGCGACCCAGCAGCAAGAGAUGGGGCAGUUCAUCAACCUUUUCUCCAAGUUCUUCCCGUGUGAGGAAUGUGCAGAGGACCUCAGGGGCAGAUUGAAAACCAAUCAGCCAGACACCAGGAGUCGCCACGCUCUUUCUCAGUGGCUCUGUCGUAUCCACAAUGACGUCAACGUCCGGCUGGGCAAGCCUGAGUUUGACUGCUCCCGUGUGGAUGAGAGGUGGAAAGAUGGAUGGAAAGAUGGCUCCUGUGACUGAGCGAUAAGAGAUGUGAGAAUGGAGAGGAGAAACUCUUUGUCAGAGCUCACAUCUCUUUUGUGGAGAAACUUUACAUGAAGAGAGAAAGGCUGUGUGGUACAUUUCAAACUCUUGUUUUGUGGUUAGUUAAUAACUGAUCUGGUAAUAAAAAAUAAAAAGAAUCCCUCUCUGUUUCUAAGAUCAGAACCAAGACUCACUGAACGUCUUUAUUCCAGUUAUUGGGGAGUUUUAAAAGGUUACUACACAAAUGUUUGCAGAAAUUUUGCAUCAAAUCUUGUGUGAAAUGAAAAACGUAUUUUUAACCAGUGUGGCCCUGAUGUGUCUGUUGAAGCUGUGAGUUGGUUACAAACACAUUUUGCCAUUAAAAUGUUGUUUCCUGGUCUGUUCUAAGACACAACGUGGUUUUGCCAAGUAGAACAUGCUCCUGGACCAACAUUGGAAUCAACCAAUCACAGCCCUCUGACAUCAUAGGUGUGCUGCUCCUGCGCUUCAUUCAACAUUGCGUUGUGCUUCCUCAGAGCUGAGCUAGUUUUACAAAUUGAAGUUAAUACAAUUAAACACAAUCCUCAGUAACACUGAACAAAAACAUUAUAAGCUACUGCAGGGUUAGCCAUUAGCUUGCUAACUAGCUUGGCCAUGCUUAUGAGUAAACUUGCUGACAGGCUAGAAUAUUUGGAAGUUAGCUUGCUAACUAGCUUGGCUAUGCUAACGAGUAAACUUGCUGAUAGAGUAGAAUAUUAGCGAGUCAGCUUGGCAAUGCUAAUGAGUAAACUUGCUGAUAGACUAGAAUAUUAGCGAGUUUGCUUGCUAACUAGCCUUGCCAUGCUAAUAAGUAAACUUGCUGAUUGAGUAGAAUUUUAGUUAGCUUGCUUAUAUUCUCACCUAUUGGCAAGUUUACUCAUUAGCAUAGCCUACUUAGUUAGCAAGCUAACUCACUAAUAUUUUAGUCUGUUGGCAAGCUUACUUGUUAGCAUAGCCACCUACUUAGCAAGCUAUCUUGCUAAUAUUCUAGCCUAUUGGCAAGCUUACUCAUUAGCAUAACCAACCUAGUUAGCGAGCUAACAAGCUAACCCUGCAGUAGCUUAUAAGGUUUUUGUUCAGUGUCACUGAGAAUUUUGUUUCACUGUACCAACUUCAAUUUGGGUAAGCUAGCUUAGCUCUGAAGAAGGCGCACAAAGUCAUAUUGAAAGAAGUACAGGAGCAGCACACUGAUGAUGUCAGAAGGCUGUGAUUGGUUGGCUGCAAUGUUGAUCCAGGAACACGUCCUACUUGGCAAAAUCACAUUAUGCCUGUUCUAAGUUGUGUUUUGAAGCCUUGCUUAAUCCAGAAAAAUCACUACAACACAAAAUGUCACUUCUUACAUGUGACAAAAAAAAUAUUUGUUACACAAUGCUCAUUUUGUCAGGGAAUAAUUAGAGCUUUCACUGAAACUUUGUGUCAGAGAAAUAUAUAUAUUUUACAUAAUGAUGAUUACAGAAUGUUUCCUCACUGUAUAACACUCAGAUUGUGUGUCUGUGUGUGUUUUGUGGUGUUAUACCUGCAACAUAUGUUAAUUUAUUUGCAUAAUUUUGUGCUGGAAUUAGUCAUUAUAUAAUUUUUGAUGACAGUGAUGAUUAAUUGAUCAUUUAAGUCAUUAAAUCAAAUACAAAUAUCUAUAUUUUGUUGAUUAAAGCUUCUCAAAAGUGAUCAUUUAGUUGUGUUUCCUUAAUCCAUGUCACUGUAAAUUAAUUUUUGGCUGCUGGUUGAACAAAAUAAGCAUAUUGAACAAUCACUUUGGUAACAUAUAAUUUACAUGUUAUAAAAUAAAUUAUGCAUAAAGUCAGAUAAUGGCUUAAUGGGUAAUUAGUUAGUGGCAAGUUCAGGGUCAGUCAGGGGCCUUUGAGCACCUCGACCAUGUGACC